GGCGGGGACGCGUCACUUCCGGCGGAAGAUGGCGGAGCCUGAGCUGCUCUUGGAUUCCAACAUCAGGCUCUGGGUGGUGUUGCCCAUCGUCUUCAUCACUUUCUUUGUGGGUCUGAUCCGGCAUUACAUCUCCAUUCUCCUGCAGAGCGACAAGAAGCUCACGGAGGAGCAGGUUUCCGACAGUCAAGUUCUGAUCAGAAGUAGGAUUCUGAGAGAAAAUGGCAGAUAUAUUCCAAAACAGUCCUUCCUAACACGGAAAUAUUAUUUCAACAACCCAGAUGAUGGAUUUUUCAAGAAGACCAAAAGAAAAGUCGUUCCACCCUCUCCCAUGACUGACCCCACUAUGGUGAUGGAUAUGAUGAAAGGCAAUGUGACUAAUGUACUUCCCAUGAUCCUCAUUGGUGGCUGGAUUAACUGGACCUUCUCUGGUUUUGUUACCACCAAAGUUCCAUUUCCUUUGACACUGCGUUUUAAGCCUAUGUUACAGCAGGGAAUUGAGCUACUCUCUCUGGAUGCUUCCUGGGUGAGUUCUGCAUCGUGGUACUUCCUGAAUGUGUUUGGGCUCAGAAGCAUGUAUUCCUUACUCCUGGGACAAGAUAAUGCUGCAGACCAGUCUCGCAUUAUGCAAGAACAGAUGACAGGUGCUGCAAUGGCAAUGCCUCCUGAUACAAAUAAGGCUUUUAAGGCUGAAUGGGAAGCUUUGGAAAUCACAGAUCAUCAGUGGGCUUUAGAAGAAGUUGAAGAGGAACUCAUGGCCAAGGACCUUAAUUUUGAAGGGAUGUUCAGCAAAGAAAUUGAAACAUCGAUGUUCUGAAGCAUCCUAAUCGGUGGUCCCCAAUCAUAACCUCCUGCUACCUUAACUCGUGUUUGUAGUAAGAAUAACAUUUCUCCUGGAGUCUUAAAAAUUUGUUUGAAAGCAUUAGAAAUGUUUGUUACGGCUUCAAGUUACACAAACCACUAAUUUGAUAUUUUACUGUGACUUUGGAAGUUCAGUGUAAAUCAGUAUCUCGUAUAGAUACUAGACACGAAUAAAUUAUGUUGUUCAUUCCAGCACCAUAAGAAUUCACUCAUUCAUCCAUAAAAGUGCAAGCUACUUAGAAGUCCAUUGUGUCUAUGACCAAAUGUACUUUACUAUUACAUUAUUUACUGUUAACAUUAUACUGUUCCCAUCUAGUUCAAUGUUUCUUUUGGAUAACACCUGUUGCAGUAUGUUCUAUUAAGUUAAUCCUGCAUUGGUCAAGAGUUCAGAAGUGAACUGUAUGUUUUGUCUGUAGGCAUCUAUCAAGUUGUUAUUUUCCUUCUGUAUUAUUAAUGCGAUGGCAAUGGGAGUAAAUAGCUUAAUUUGAGGUUAAUUUCUUUGAAUGAUGUGUUGAAUUCUUGCUUGAUUUAGCGAAAAGUUACAAGUGUAGGUUACAUAAUACACGGUUGGGCUAUCUCUGGUGGAUAGGAACCUAUUCUGUGUCCAUCAUAAACAGCCCCAAUUAAUCCAACAUAAUUGUUUUUACCUUAAAUAAAAACCAGUUAAGAUUU